AUGGCUUCCAUGUCAUGCUCAAAGUGCUCGCGGAAACUACUUAGGGGAAUUUCAUCAUUUAACUGUACUGCCUGCUAUAAUCCCAACACUGUUGCACUCAUCAUAUACCGUGCUGAGCUCGACGUCUCAGACACAGGCAACACCGCCGUCUUCGUGGCCUUUGAUACCGACAUGACCAAGCUGACAAACACGAGUGCCUCUGACGCUGCUGCUAUAACUACACCGAAAAUCAUCACAGCCAUUGUCGGAAAGACUUUCACGUUCCAAAUAAAAGUAACAGAGUACAAUUUCACGUCAAACCAUCAAGCCUUCACAAUUUCCCGGAUUUACGAAACCAAAGAUGCUCUUCCUACUGCAACUUUUGACAACCAGGUGGUGGCGACUGGACCUGCUAUAGACGACAUCCCUCCUGCUGUCGAAAACCCUGAGGAGAACAGAGAAACUCCAGACGGAGAGCUGCCUGACGGUGGAAGUACAGUAACGCCUCAGUGA